AUGCUCCCCACUCCCUGGCCCCCCAUUUGUCCCCCCCACAACCAACAGGUCGACGUCCCACUCAUCGCCUACGUGCAUCCACUCUCCCUCUUCUGGCGAUCCUGCCUGCAACUUUUCUCCCACCACCAACCAUUCGCCGCCGCUCCUAUCUCCCUGCCGCCUGACCGCUUCUCCACCUCCACUCUCCUCCUCGCUCCUUCAGAGAACCUCUUUCAGGCCUUCAUGAAUCGUCUAUCCUCGCCUCUCUUUCCGACCGACUCUGUAAACCAUUUCCUAAACGCUGCUUACUCCUCCUGGUACACCUCCCCUCCAGCCCACCGCCUCCCCCUCUCAUACGCCACGCCUCUCGCUCUCAAGCCCUACACGCUACCCUUCCUUGCCCCGUUCCAUAUAAUCACAUUAGACGGCGCCGUCCCUCCUUAUGGGAACAUGGCCGGGUGGAGAGGGCAACCGAGGUUCCGGGUUGUGCUUGGAGCACGCACACCAGACUCGCUUUCUCAUGGCUGCGCUGCGCACAUUCGUCGACAACAUCAAAGCUAUACUUUGCUGUUUUCAGUGAGCCUCGUUGGUGCUUUGAUUCCUUUCUUUUACCUGCUUAUCCCCUCCUCUCUUAUCAUGCUCCUGCUCAUAGGUUUCCUAGUAUUAGAGCUAAGCAUUCCCUCCUCUUUUGAAGUUUCUCAGCAGCAUUUAAAUCUCGAAAGCACGCUCAAAAGGCGCAUCAUAGUCGCUACCACUUGCAUCACCGAAUUGAUGGCGAUAUCGAUAUGCACGCGCUUCUCGCUGCGCCAUCUUCCGCUCGCGCUCCUCGUGCUUGCGCUCAUCACACCCAUCGCCCCCGCGCUGCUGAUUCUUGCGCUGGUCUUCACCGCGUCGCCCACAAACGGCGUCAAGUGCGGCGGUAAUUGCGGCGGCAAAUGCGGACCAUAUGACAGCGAGCAAGACUUAUUGGAGUACGAAUCGUCGAACAUGAUCACGAGUCGCGUCAACAACUACCAACCCCACUCCGCGAUCUGGUGCUGA